AUGGACCUCGAUAAACUCAAAAUCAAGCUUGUUCAACAGAAGAUUCAUGUGCUUCCAGGAGGCACACAUGAAGUCAAGCAUAGGUCCUGGCGUUUGAGACCUGACUGUACAACUUUAUCAUUAUAUGAGGGAACCUCUCAGGUGAAAUACCUGUGCAAGGUUCCAAAAGUUGAAGCUUCGGUUUUAUCCAACACCCUUUACAUUGGCUACAAGAUUUAUUUCACUUUGAGGGUUAAAGAUGGUUAUGAUUUUCACAGAUUGACCAAUUACUGGACGAUUCACGUUGCCGAAGGAGGUCGAAGCACCAUUGCCGUUUCGCCUCCUCCAUACCGGGAGAAUUAG